UCGCUGCAGUGUCUCUGCUGGCCAGGAGCAAAGCGGGCGAGGAUACAGACGCUUUGUCAGGGCGCAGAAAAGACGGAGAGAUGAAUGUUGGUGUGUGUGCAUGUAUGCGCGGGUGUGUGUGUGCGUACGUGCGCACGCGUGUGUGUGUGUGAGGAAGAUCUGAAGAUGAGGAUGAGGGAUUAAAGGCUGGAUUUUCUGGGCGGACUGGUCAGUAAUGGAUGCUGCCUUGUGAACACGACACACGGCCCUUCGGUAAACUGAAGAAUCAUCGGCAAGACGAGGACAGUUGUGGACGAUUGCAACACUUCCGCCAUGUGGAGGCGGAGCCAGAUGAGUUUCACCAUCGCACACCUCAAGCCAGAACAUUUCUUGCACUGACCAACGCUGAAAGGUGUCGGCCUUCCCUUGCAGAGCAUUGCCCCCGGGGCGCCCCUGCUAUGAACCCCAGAUCCCUAGGCUUCAGCAGGCAGUCCAUCCUCAGUGCCAGGCACUGUGUGGGCAUCCCACCGGUCUGGGUUUUGCCCACACAGGACACAGACUGCCCCUGAGCUAAAAGAAUGAAACGCUCCUAAGUCACUCGCCGGUUGUGACGUCGUACCCACCUCCUCUCCCGAAGAUCCUCGGCCUCUGCCGCAGUUACCGUAACCUCUUCUUUGCAAUUUGCUCCCUCGUCCGGCGGCAGCACGAGUUCCUUUGCGCUCACCACGUGGUGGAGGACCAUGGGAUGCCGUCAGAGCUCGGAGGAGAAGGAAGCGGCUCGGCGCUCGCGGCGGAUCGAUCGCCACCUGCGCUCCGAGAGCCAGCGACAGAGGCGUGAGAUCAAGUUAUUGCUGCUGGGCACCAGCAACUCCGGCAAGAGCACCAUCGUCAAGCAGAUGAAGAUCAUCCACAGCGGCGGCUUCAACCUGGAGGCCUGCAAAGAAUACAAGCCCCUCAUCCUGUACAACGCCAUCGACUCGCUCACCCGCAUCAUCCGUGCCCUGACCACACUUAAGAUUGACUUUCAGGACCCUGAUCGCGCCUACGACGCCGUGCAGCUCUUCGCCCUCACAGGGCCGGCGGAAAGCAAGGGCGAGAUAACUCCGGAGCUGCAGGGGGUCAUGAAACGCCUGUGGGCGGACUCCGGGGUCCAGGAGUGCUUUCAACGGUCCAAUGAGUACCACUUGGAAGACAACACGGCGUACUACCUGAACGACCUGGACCGCAUCUCCGCGGCAGAGUACAUCCCCACGGUGGAAGACAUCCUGCGAUCCCGCGACAUGACUACCGGCAUCGUGGAGAACAAGUUCACCUUCAAGGAGCUCACCUUCAAGAUGGUGGACGUUGGCGGACAGCGAUCAGAGAGAAAGAAGUGGAUCCAUUGCUUCGAGGGCGUGACUGCAAUCAUUUUCUGUGUUGAACUGAGCGGCUAUGACCUCAAACUCUACGAGGACAACCAGACGAGCCGCAUGGCGGAGAGUCUGCGCCUGUUCGACUCCAUCUGCAACAACAACUGGUUCACCAACACGUCGCUCAUCCUCUUCCUCAACAAGAAGGACCUGCUGGCGGAGAAGAUCAAGCGCAUCCCGCUGACGCUGUGCUUCCCCGACUACAAGGGCCAGAACACCUACGAGGAGGCGGCCGUCUACGUCCAGCGGCAGUUCGAGGACCUGAACCGCAACAAGGAGACCAAGGAGAUCUACUCGCACUUCACCUGUGCCACCGACACCAGCAACAUCCAGUUUGUGUUCGACGCCGUCACGGACGUGAUCAUCCAGAACAAUCUCAAGUACAUCGGCCUGUGCUAGGGCCCGGCCCGGUCCACGGGGGGUCAGGGAAGGCACGUUUCUGUUCACGCGCAAGAUGUCCCAUCAAGUGGAGCACUUAACGGCGGCCAUGUUGGACACCUUCCUCCACCUGCCGGCCGCACCUGAGACCGGCGAGAACUCGCCAGGUGACUUUGGUUCGACUGAAGACUUUUAAUGCUGCUUUACGAAAACUACAUGGACACUUUUUCUUUCGGGGACUUUUUUUUUUUUUUUGCUACUUUGGUUCACACCUGAGAGGUUGUUAGAAAAGUGCGCACUUCACGCUCGUAUUCUUUUGCCAUGUGACCACAGCUGCGCCGUCAAGAACAGAAACGCGACGCAAAUAUUGGAGAGGUAAAAAUAUUGCACCGGCAGACAGAAUUCCAGUGACUUGGCAUGUCCUCUAAAGCAGGGGUGUCCAAACUACGGCGUCUUUACAAUGGCAAGUCAGACAUUGUGAGGACUCUGACCAAAACAAACCACAGCAUUCGCUUAUAUGACCCAAUGCAAACAACCUUCUCUAGUCAUGCUGCAAAAACAACCAACAACAAAUCCAUUAGUGGAUAUUAUCAAAAACGAGCAUGCACCGUAAAAAUAUUCAUAGCCACACCCAUUGCAAAGCAUGAUGGGAAAAAUUCAAAGUUUGGACACCCCUGCUUUGAAAGAACCCAAGUCCUUAACCGUAUCCAGUGACUAAGAGACCAAGUGGGGACCCUUACUUGCAUAUGUAGUAUAAAGGUAUAUACUCUCCUAAAAGUACAGUGUAUUUGUGCAAUACUAAAAUGUUCACUUACUACAGUAUAGAGCGGCUAAUCGCCAGCUGCUAGCCAGAACGCUAAUUGCUAGUUAUCUAUGGAUAAAAUAUAAUUAUCUUAGCGACGUUCUUGGAAAAGUUGCACAGGGAGAGUAAAUAGAUACAUAUAUAUAUUUUUAAAAAUUCUUAUCAACCAAAGAUUUCCUCACCUCCCUGCAAUACCUCUGCGGAUCCCUAGGGGUCAUGGACCCUCAGUUCAGAAGCUUUUGCUGAAAUCUAAGUUAGUAAAUACAACAGAAUAUAAAAAUUAAUAAAAUAAUGUAUUCUUGGAAUCUUGAGUCAAAUACACUAUAUAUACAUACACACACACACACACACACACACACACACACAUAUAUGUAUAUAUAUAAAAUCUCUAUUAUUAGCUCAAUUAAUAUCAAUAAAUCUUGAAUUUUUAUAUAUAUAUAUAAUUUCUAUAAUUUAAUUCAUAUAUACAUAUAUGUGUAUGUAUAUGUAUAUAUAUAUAUACAUAUAUAUGAUUUAAGAUAUAAUGACAUUAAUUUAGCUGAUAAGAGAAGUUUAUAUAUAUAUGUAUAUAUAUAUCUAUAUAUAUAUAGAUAUAUAUAUAUGCUAGAAGUUUAUAUAUAUAUAUGUGUGUAUGUAUAUAUGUAUAUAUAUAUAUAUAUAUACACAUAUAAAUAUGAGUAUAUAUAAAUAUAUAUAUAUACAAAAUUUAAGAUAUAAUUGAUAUUAAUUUAGCUGAUAAUAGACAUUUUAAUAUUAUGUCAUAAUCCACGUUUAUGACACAUCCUAGCUGAGUGCAAUGUCGCUUCCUUGCUGGUGGCUAACCUCCCUCCACAGUGCAAAGCUAUAUCUAUUUUUUUUCUAAAUGAUCCUCGCCCGCACGGAGGCAAAUAAAGUAAGUUGUCCACAAGUAUUAUUAUCAAUGGAGGACGUGGAAGAGGUUUUGAUUGAUUGAUUGAAACUUUUAUUAGUAGAUUGCAAAGUACAGUACAUAUUCCGUACGAUUGACCACUAAAUGGUAACACCCGGAUAAGUUUUUCAACUUGUUUAGGUCGAGGUCCACGUUAAGGUAAACAUGCUAUACAGGAAGUCAUGCUCACCGCUAAGCUAUAGCUCUUGAUCGUAAACCAAGGUAGGCGUAGCGAUGCGAAUAUUGAGAGUAAUGAUACCAAGUAUAAUACCAGUUUAUGAUCAAUACUACAGUAAACGGACCAAUAUUUUUACUAUCACAUCAUCUUUUCUUUGUCAUUCCUGUUAUUGUUUACAAACUCAGGAAAUAAGUUUAAGUGCAAAAUCAAAUGAUUUCAAGCAGUUUUUGUUUAUGUUUCCUUUUUUUCUGUGCUAUUGACUUCAUUUAGUGCCAAAUAUUUUAAAGUAAUCAGGAAAUUAUUUCAACUUUGAAUUGGACUUCAGUCUGAUUGGAAUUGUGAUCAAUAAUGUGACAAUGUAUUGACGUUUUUCGGUUUCAGUAUUGGUAUGAUCCGUAAUGAUACUGGAACUACCCGUGCACCCGAUCCAGACCCAUACUUGAAGUAUCGCCCAAAAACGUUAAAAGAGCCAUAUUGGACCAAAAAACAAAAAAUAAAAAUCUUAACACUUAUAUAACUUAAAAGCCUUAUAUAAGUGUUAUAAUGAAGGCAACACAUGAUCUAUAUUUGCCAUAUUGGCCUAUUAUCAAAGGCUGAUGCAAAUCUCCAUUGACAGAAAUGUUGUAUUUUAGUAUUUAUUUUACACAUUUUUACAACAUAGGAAAAAAAUAGUAUAACUUCUCACAGGAUGAGAUAACUUCUGGAAAUUACUGGCUUAGAAUGGCCAAAGAUAUAGAUGUGUGUGUCCAAGUUUAAUGGAUGUAUUACAAUCUUUGCAAGCUAGUUUGCUGUGGUCUGGAACAACAUGGCACACAAACAACUAUCAGAAAUGCAGCCAAUAUUACAUACAGAUAAUGUGUCAUGAGACAUGCAAAUAUAAAUUAAAUACACAGAGGACAUAAGUAAAGGAAACUAAAUGAGCUCGAAUAUACCUACAAACGAGGCAUAAUGAUGUAAAAUGUACAUACAGCUAGCCUAAAUAGCAUGUUAGCAUCGAUUAGCUUGCAGUCAUGGAUUGACCAGAUAUGCCUGAUAAGCACUCCAGCAAAUCAAUAAAAAUCAACAAACCUUACCUUUGUGCAUUCAGUGCACAGCAUAAAAUAUUUGGUGGACAAAAUGAGACAAAAAUGAGUGGCGUAAAAUUAGUCUUUCUGUGGCAGCAUCGGAGAAAAUUGUCCAUGUAAACAAACGAAGAUAAGUUCAAGGAUUGCUGAAAUUAGUAGAACAAUACGGUGCUUGCGAAAUACUGUCAUCAGUGAGGAUUGCGAACAAUUGGUAAGGUUUGUGUCAUCUUUGAAGAAAAGUAAAAAAAAUAAAUGAAUUUAUUUAAACAAGUGAAGACCAAGUCUUUCAAAUAUUUUCUUGGAUUUUCAAAUUCUAUUUGAGUUUUGUCUCUCUUAGAAUUAAAAAUGUCGAGCAAAGCGAGACCAGCUUGCUAGUAAAUAAAUACAAUUAAAAAAAUAGAGGCAGCUCACUGGUAAGUGCUGCUAUUUGAGCUAUUUUUAGAACAAGCCAGCGGGCGACUCAUCUGGUCCUUACGGGCGACCUGGUGCCCGCGGGCACCACAUUGGUGACCCCUGAUCUAGAAGAAAGCGCUCACACAGGAAGUAAUGAUCUAGUAGAACACGCUCAAACAGGAAGUAUUCAAAUAGUACAACACUCUCGAACAGGAGGUAAUGAUCUAGUAGAACACGCUCAAACAGGAAGUAAUGAUCUAGUAGAAUACGCUCAAACAGGAAGUAUUUAAAUAUUAGAACACUCUCAAACAGGAAGUAAUGAACUAGUAGAACACUCUCAAAUAGGGAGUAAUUAACUAGCAGAAUACCCUCAAAUAGGAAGUAAUGAACUAGUAGAACACAUUCAAACAGGAAGUAAUGAACAAGUAGAACACGCUCACACAGGAAGUAAUGAUCUAGUAGAAGACGCUCAAACAGGAAGUAUUCAAAUAGUAGAACACUCUCAAACAGGAAGUAAUGAACUAGUAGAACACUCUCAAAUAGGAAGUAAUUAACUAGCAGAAUACCCUCAAAUGGGAAGUAAUGAACUAGUAGAACACAUUCAAACAGGAAGUAAUGAACAAGUAGAACACGCUCACACAGGAAGUAAUGAUCUAGUAGAAGAUGCUCAAACAGGAAAUAUUCAAAUAGUAGAACACUCUCAAACAGGAAGUAAUGAUCUAGUAGAAAACACUCAAACAGGAAGUGUUAAUAUAGUGGAACACUCAAACAGGAAGUAAAUAUCUAGUAGAACACGCUCAAAUAGGAAGUAUUCAAAUAGUAGAACACUCCUAAACAGGAAGUAAUUAACUAGUAGAACACGCUCAAACACGCAGGAAGUAAUGAUCAAGUAGAACACUCUCUAACAGGAAGUAAUGAUCUAGUAGAACACGCACAAACAGGAAGUAAUGAACUAGUAGAACAUGCUAAAACAGGAAGUAAUGAACUAGUAGAACACGCACAAACAGGAAGUAAUGAACUAGUAGAACAUGCUAAAACAGGAAGUAAUUAACUAGUAGAAUACACUCAAACAGCAAGUAAUCAACUAGUAGAACACGUUCAAACAGGAAGUAAUGAAGAAGUAGGACACACUCACAUGGGAAGUAAUGAUCUUGUAGAAGAUGCUCAAACAGGAAGUAUUGAAAUAGUACAACACUCUCGAACAGGAGGUAAUGAUCUAGUAGAACACGCUCAAACAGGAAGUAAUGAUCUAGUAGAAUACGCUCAAACAGGAAAUAUUUAAAUAUUAGAACACUCUCAAACAGGAAGUAAUGAACUAGUAGAACACUCUCAAACAGGAAGUAAUGAACUAGUAGAACACUCUCAAACAGGGAGUAAUUAACUAGCAGAAUACCCUCAAAUAGGAAGUAAUGAACUAGUAGAACACAUUCAAACAGGAAGUAAUGAACGAGUAGAACACGAUCACACAGGAAGUAAUGAUCUAGUAGAAUACGCUCAAACAGGAAAUAUUUAAAUAUUAGAACACGCUCAAACAGGAAGUAAUGAUCUAGUAGAAUACGCUCAAACAGGAAAUAUUUAAAUAUUAGAACACUCUCAAACAGGAAGUAAUGAACUAGUAGAACACUCUCAAACAGGAAGUAAUGAACUAGUAGAACACUCUCAAACAGGGAGUAAUUAACUAGCAGAAUACCCUCAAAUAGGAAGUAAUGAACUAGUAGAACACAUUCAAACAGGAAGUAAUGAACAAGUAGAACACGAUCACACAGGAAGUAAUGAUCUAGUAGAAGACGCUCAAACAGGAAGUAUUCAAAUAGUAGAACACUCUCAAACAGGAAGUAAUGAACUAGUAGAACACUCUCAAAUAGGAAGUAAUUAACUAGCAGAAUACCCUCAAAUGGGAAGUAAUGAACUAGUAGAACACAUUCAAACAGGAAGUAAUGAACAAGUAGAACACGCUCACACAGGAAGUAAUGAUCUAGUAGAAGACGCUCAAACAGGAAGUAUUCAAAUAGUAGAACACUCUCAAACAGGAAGUAAUGAUCUAGUAGAAAACACUCAAACAGGAAGUGUUAAUAUAGUGGAACACUCAAACAGGAAGUAAAUAUCUAGUAGAACACGCUCAAAUAGGAAGUAUUCAAAUAGUAGAACACUCCUAAACAGGAAGUAAUUAACUAGUAGAACACGCUCAAACACGCAGGAAGUAAUGAUCAAGUAGAACACUCUCUAACAGGAAGUAAUGAUCUAGUAGAACACGCACAAACAGGAAGUAAUGAACUAGUAGAACAUGCUAAAACAGGAAGUAAUGAACUAGUAGAACACGCACAAACAGGAAGUAAUGAACUAGUAGAACAUGCUAAAACAGGAAGUAAUUAACUAGUAGAAUACACUCAAACAGCAAGUAAUCAACUAGUAGAACACGUUCAAACAGGAAGUAAUGAAGAAGUAGGACACACUCACAUGGGAAGUAAUGAUCUUGUAGAAGAUGCUCAAACAGGAAGUAUUGAAAUAGUAGAACACUCUCAAACAGGAAGUAAUGAUCUAGUAGAAUAUGCUCAAACAGGAAGUGUUCAAAUAGUAGAACACUCCCAAACAGGAAGUAAUGAAGUAGUAGAACACGCUCAAACAGGAAGUAAAGAUCUAGUAGUACAUUCUCAAAUAGGAAGUAUUGCUCUAGUAGAAAGCACUCAAACAGAAGUAAUGAAGUAGUAGAACACAUUCAAACAGGAAGUAAUGAACAAGUAGAACACGCUCAAACAGGAAGUAAUGAUCUAGUAGAACACGCUCAUACAGGAUUUAAUGAUCAAGUAGAACAAGCUCAAAGAGGAAGUAUUUAAAUGGUAGAACACUCUCAAACAGGAAGUAAUAAUCUAGUAGGUCACACUCAAAUAGGAAGUAUUGCUCUAGUAGAGAGCGCGCAAACAGGAAGUAAUGAACUAGUAGAACACAUUCAAACAGGAAGUAAAAAUCUAGUAGAACAUUCUCAAAUAGGAAGUAUUGCUCUAGUAGAAAGCGCUCAAACAGAAGUAAUGAACUAGUAGAACACGCUCACACAGGAUUUAACGAUCAAGUAGAACAAGCUCGAACAGGAAGUAUUCAAAUAGUAGAACAUUCUCAAACAGGAAGUAAUGAUCUAGUUGAACACCCUCAAAUAGGAAGUAUUGCUUUAGUAGAAAGCGCUCAAACAGGAAGUAAUGAACUAGUAGAACACAUUUAAACAGGAAGUAAAGAUCUAGUAGAACAUUCUCAAAUAGGAAGUAUUGCUUUAGUAGAAAGCACUCAAACAGGAAGUAAUGAUCAAGUAGAACAAGCUAAAACAGGAAGUUUUCCAAUUGUAGAACACUCUUAAACAGGAAGUAAUGAACUAGUAAAGCACUCUCCUACAGGAAGUACUGAUCUAGUAGAAAACGCUCAAACAGGAAGUUUUCAAAUAGUAGAACACUCUCAAACAGGAAGUAAUAAUCAAGUAGAACACGCUGAAACAGAAAAAUAAUGAACUAGUAGAACAAUGUAAUGUGUUUAUGGUAUACUAAUUUAAUAUUUGUGGUGUAUUACAGUAACAUGGUUUGGUAUAUUAUUACAGUAUUAUCUGCUCACAGAAGAAAGAGAUGAUGCAGUAUUAUCUGCUCACAGAUGCUACCUGCUGCUUGUUUGAGGACACUGCAACAGUCCUGCUCCUUAAUGUUUCAGUCACUCGCAGGAUUCUCACAGGACUGGGGAAAAAAAAGUGUGUAUUUUGUCCCUAUUUGUUUUUCAAAUAUAUCUCGUUGAUGUUUUUUACUGCGCAGCUUCUGCUCGCAUGGCCCGAAUAGUAGCGUGAAGUCCGAGAUAAUAUUUGAUGUUUGAUGUCUGAAGGAUGUUUUUCUGACACGUGUGCUCACGAGCGCGCUCGAGGAAUGCGCUGACACGGCGUGCAACCAAAUAUUAUUGGCAUGGAAAAGCGACGUGUUUCAACUUUCCUACGCACCAUCGUCUUCUCUAAUUUUCUUCAUGUUUUAUUUUGUCUUCACAUAACUCCUCUCACUUCCUUCUUGACAUUUGAUUUUGUCUGCACAUGAUUUACUCGUUUCCUGUCCCUGUGUGUGCAUUCAAGCAAAAACAAAAGGCGAAACAAGCGGGCAGGUGACGAGUGUUACGCUGAAAAGUGUCCCCCCCCCCCACCCACAGCGAGGAGGAAAACGGUGCCAACAUAACUCUGUAAAUAAUAACAGCAUUAUUUUUCUGUUGGUUGUCAUGGAAACGAUACGUUAGCACAUGCAUGGUUUUUGUUACUUCUCGAUUUUCCUUGAAAAAUAAUGAUCUUUCUCUUUUUCUUAGCUUGGAAUUAUUAAUAUAUUCCCCAAAAGUAUAUCUUGAGAGUCCAACACUGUACGAUUCAUGUACCUUGUCCAGAGUUUAUUCAUGUACACAGAAAUAUGAAGAUGAUGAUGAUAAUUCAUGACGAUGGGCAUGAUUAUUGAUGAUGUAAAUGGUGAUUAUUCAUGAUGAUUAUUAAUAUUCAUGAUGAUGAUUAUUCAUGAUGAUGAUGACAAUUAUUCAUGACUGGUAUUUAUGAUGAUCAAAAUUAUUCAUAAUUAUUAUGCAUUGUGAUUAGUAUGCACAAUGAUGAAUAUUAUCACUACAAUUCAUGAUAAUGAUGGUUUUUAUUCAUGAUGUUUACUUAUGAUAAUGAGGGUCAUUAUUAUUCAUGAUGAUGCCAAUUAUUCAUGAUUGUUAUGCAUGAUGAUGACUAUUCAUAGUGAUGAUUACUAUUCAUGAUAAUGUUGAAUAUUCAUGAUGAUGAUCGUUUUUCAUGAUAGCACUGAUUAUUGUUCAUGAUAUUGAUUAGUAUCCAUGAUAAUGAUGAGGAUUAUUCAUGAAGAUGAUGAUUAUUUAUGAUGAUCAUCAUCAUUGCUACUUAUGAUUGUUAUUCAUGAUGAUAAUGAUUCAUGACUGGUAUUCAUGAUGAUCAUUAUUUAUGUUUGUUAUGUAUGAUGAUGAUUUCUAUUCAUGAUGAUAAUUAUUAUUCAUGAUAAUGACUAUUCUUGAUGACCAUUUUUCAUGAUAAUGCUGAUUAUUGUUCAUGAUAGUGACUAUUAUUCAUGAUGAUUAUUUAUGAUGAUGACAAUCAUCAUCAUUAUUAUUCAUGAUGAUAAUUGUCCAUGACAGGUAUUUAGGAUUAUCAUUAUUAUUCAUGAUUAUGAUGAUUAUUCCUGAUGAAUAUCAUUCCGAUGACAAUGAUUAAUCAUGAUGAUAAUGCAUGGUGAUGUUUAUUCAUGAUUAUUAUUAUUCAUUACGAUGGUGAUGAUGAAUAUGAAGAUAUUUAUGAUGAUGGCGAUGAUGAAGCUGAUGAUGGUAAUGAUGAUGACGAUAAAGACAAAGACGAUGAUGAUGACGACAUUGAUGAUGACGAUGAAGACUAAAAUGUUGAUGAAGACAAAGUUGAUAAUGACAAUGAUGAUGGCGAUGAUAAUGAGGAUGAACAUGAUGAGGGUGAUGAUUAAGAUGAUGAUGAAGAUGAAGUGGGAGGAGAACAAGGACUGUUCAGAAUGUUAAAGCAGUUCCAAUCUUCCUUUCAUUAUUUAUGUGGACUUCGUCAGUGUGAUGUGUCAAUAUGGCGUCCAAAAAUAAGAAUAAUACUAACAAUAAUAAUGACGAUGAUGAUAAUGAUUAUAAUAAUAAUGAUAAUAAUAAUAAGGGUGGUGUUUGAAUUGGGAAGAGAAGGAGGAAGGUUCCAGUGCACUCCUCCUGUGAUGCUUUCACUUUCACUUCCCGUGGGCUAACAAGUGAGCUAAGGGCUUUCUUCACGCGGGACAUCAGAGGUCCACCAACACAAACCUAGUCAAGGAAGACGUACAAAUAUGAAUAAACAACUUAUGCAAAUUUCCA